AUGAAGGAAACAAUAAGGUACUUGGCAGGAAUUGCAGGGCCAAGUGGUUUUGGCUCAAAUUCAACUGCAGAACAAGUCACUCAACAAUAUUCACCUUCAAAUCUAACUGCUCUAAUCACUGGUGCUACUUCUGGUAUUGGAGGUGAAACAGCUAGGGUGUUAGCAAAAAGAGGAGUGAGAGUUGUAGUAGGUGCCAGAGACAUGAAAAAAGCUAUCAAAGUCAGAGAGAAAAUUAAAGAGGAGAGUCCUUAUGCUGAGAUUAUUCUAUUGGAAAUUGAUCUUAGCUCUCUUGCUUCUGUACACAGAUUUUGUUCUGAAUUUUUAUCUUUAGAAUUGCCCCUUAAUAUUCUCAUAAACAAUGCAGGUGUAUACUCUCACAACCUGGAAUUUUCUGAGGAGAAAAUUGAAUUGACAUUUGCUACAAAUUACUUAGGACAUUUUUUGUUAACAAAAAUGCUGCUAGAAAAAAUGGUAGAUACAUCAAACAAAACAGGAAUUCAAGGAAGAAUAAUAAAUGUUUCAUCAGUAAUCCAUAGCUGGGUGAAAAGAUCUUGCUUUUCUUUCAAAGACAUGCUCAAUGGAAAAAAUUACAAUGGGACACGCGCAUACGCUCAAUCGAAAUUAGCCAUGAUUCUGCAUGUGAAGGAAAUGGCUAGACAAUUAAAGGCGAGGAAUGAAAGAGUAACUAUCAAUGCAAUACAUCCAGGGAUUGUGAGGACAGGAAUUAUCAGAGCACAUAAGGGCUUAAUAACAGAUUCCUUGUUUUUCAUUGCAUCAAAGCUGCUCAAAACAGUAUCGCAGGGUGCAUCAACUACUUGUUAUGUUGCGCUGAGCCGAGAAACGGAAGGGGUGAGUGGAAAAUACUUUACUGAUUGUAAUGAGAGUAAUUGCUCAAGUCUUGCAAAUGAUGAUUUAGAAGCUAAAAAGUUAUGGAACAAUACAAAUGCUUUGCUUCACAAAAGACUAAGACAAGCAGCAAUUGGAAGUUCUUCUUCCUUAUUUUCUAGACCUUGUAUCUAA